GGUCCGUUUAACAUCCCUGAACCGUACGUUCAUCUUCAUCCCACGAGGAUCGAGUUUGGUGGACGUGACGAUAUACGGGUUCUUGGAAUCUCCAGAAACCCUAGGCUAGGCUUUCUCUCUCCCUCGCGUCUGGCCGAGUCCCCAUUUUCCUACAAAGGAACUUAUGGUCGUCGAUGUCGAUUUUUUAUUCUUCCAAGGCUUUGCAUUUUCAUCGUUCAUAGAUCGGUUCUUAUUAUACUUGUGGAUUCAUGAAUUCGAUAUUUUCUUAGGGCUUUGUGUUAGAAGGUCGUCCAGAAGAAAGGGGAAAAGGAGGAGAAUCAUAGGGUUUUUAUGUGUGGAUUUGGUGAAUAACCGGUGCGGUCUGAACCGGUGAAUUCUGGGAGCGGGACUAGGUUUUAGAUUUUUGGGUUGAGGGACGUCGAGCCCGAAUGGCGGAUCGUGGCGCGGCGCCUGGACGACCGAUAUGGAUGAAACAGGCGGAGGAGGCGAAGCUCAAGAGCGAGGCGGAGAAGGCGGCGGCAGCGAAGGCGGCGUUUGAAGCCACAUUCAAGGAUGUGCAGAAACCUGAUGAUAAGGAAUCGGCCUCGUCCGAUAGCGAGUUGGAGGAUGAGAGUCUAAAAGACAAGCCCAUCGGUCCUAUUGAUCCCUCGAAGUGCACGGCUGCUGGUGCCGGUAUCGCCGGUGGAGCAGCAUGUGCUCCCUGCUCUUUCAUUGUGGUCGCUAAGGAUUCAGAUGGCCGGAAGGUCACGACAGGUGGGGCGGAGCUGAAGGUGAAGGUUAGUCCGGAUGUUGGGGUUGGUGGGUCUGAGCAGGAAGGGGUGGUGAAGGACCAUGGUGAUGGAACGUACGCUGUCACCUAUGUGGUGCCCAAAAGAGGGAACUACAUGGUGAAUGUGGAAUGUAAUGGCAAGUCGAUCAUGGGCAGCCCUUUUCCUGUCUUCUUCUCUGCUGGUACGCCUUCUGCGGCUGGCGUCCUUGCACCAUUUCCUACCACUUCUCCCUAUCCCAAUCUUGUGAACCAGACGAUGCCGAACAUGCCCAAUUAUUCAGGAUCAGUAUCGGGGGCAUUCCCUGGAUUGCUGGGAAUGAUCCCUGGUACCAUUUCUGGGGCAUCUGGUGGGGCGAUUUUGCCAGGGAUUGGCGCAUCCUUGGGGGAAAUCUGCCGAGAGUACAUGAAUGGGCGGUGCAUAAAAACAGAUUGCAAGCUCAACCAUCCUCCUCAUAAUCUUCUGAUGGCUGCACUCACAGCAACUACCACACUGGGGACAGUUAGUCAGGUGCCAAUGGCACCUUCUGCAGCUGCUAUGGCGGCUGCCCAGGCAAUUGUCGCAGCACAGGCUCUUCAAGCUCAUGCAGCUCAGGCACAGGCAUCUGCAAAUUCUUCAGCAGGUUCUUCGGGUAAAGAGGAGAAGAAUGACGCUUUGAAAAGAACACUGCAAGUUAGCAACUUAAGUCCGCUUCUAACUGUGGAACAGCUAAAACAGCUCUUCAGCUACUGUGGGACUGUCGUGGAAUGUAGCAUCACAGAUUCAAAGCAUUUUGCAUAUAUAGAAUAUUCAAAACCCGAAGAAGCAACUGCAGCUUUGGCACUAAAUAACAUGGAUGUUGGAGGUCGUCCAUUGAAUGUUGAAAUGGCAAAAUCUCUUCCUGCAAAAACAAGUAUCCUGAACUCAUCUGUGCAGCAAUCUUCUUUGUCCCUGAUGAUGCAACAAGCAGUUGCCAUGCAACAAAUGCAGUUUCAACAGGCCUUGGUCAUGCAACAAUCUCUAGCUGCACAGCAUGCUGCCAAUAAGGCAGCAUCUGUGAAGUCCGCCGCAGAAAUUGCAUCAGCCAGGGCUGCAGAAAUAAGCAAGAUGCUGAAAGUUGAUGGCAGUGGGAAUAUGGAGGGCGAUAAGGAACCAGACCAGAAGCAGAGGUCAGGCUCCAGCCCGCAAUUGAGAUCAAAGUCCAGGUCGAGAUCAAAGUCCAGGUCAAGAUCACCCAUCAGAUAUAGAAGGAGCCGGCAGUCACGUUCUUUGUCUCCAAAAAGGCACUCCAGUGUUCGAAGAUCCAGAUCUCCUGUGAGAUCUCGACAUCAUUACCGUAGCUAUGGUGUUGAACGACGUCCUUACAGAGAUGAUACAAGUAGCCGUCGAAGACCUGAAAGAUAUCAAAGGGAGAGAUCACGGGAUAGAUAUUCAUCACUUUCAAGAAGAAACAGAAGUAGGAGUAGGACUCCUCAUACAAGAAGAUCAUCUCAUGCUGGUUCAAGGUCACCAAAGUAUGGUCGAGAGUCGAGAUCAUCACCUGGUCGAGCCUAUCAUGAUAGGUCACGUCGUCAUAGUAGGCGCUCUAGAUCUCCAUCAGCAGAAGGUAGGCGACAUGAAGAUGAGAGAAGAGAUGAUGGUAAAUCGAGGAAGUUGAAAAGAGAUGACAAAACUGAUGAUAAAGGUGAUUCUGUCAAAGGCAAAUCUAUAGCUGAUGGAGAUUCAAGAAAUUCUAGGGAUGACAGGCAUACACGUGAAUCAUCUCGCAGUAGCAGACAUCCAAGGUAUUCAUCGCCAGACCACAGCCAUCAUCCUGAGGACAAAAAGAGUCCUUCUGAGACACUGAAGGUUGACUCCAGAUCAGACAAAGCUGAUGAAGCAGCCAAGGAUCAAGUUACUGCUGGAGAAAGUUCACCAGAACCUUCUGAUUUUAGCCACGCAUCACCUUCCCAUGGUACACAUUCUAAAUCUUCUAGAUUAGAAGUUUUAGAUCAACCUAACAAUGUGAAAUAUGAGAGCAAGGGUGGUAUAAUGGAUACAGACAUCAGGCAAUUUGGCAAAAAUAGUGAGUCUGAACAGGAUCAAGCGGUUAAUGAGGACGAUUCAAGCUGUUUGAAGGAUGAUGGCUGUGACAUAUUCACUGGAAAGUUCGCUGAAGACACGGGCAAAUUUGAGAAGUCAGAGUUGGAUAUGGAGGAAAAUUAUAAUUUUAAUGUGACCUUUGAUAAUCAACUUUCGAUUGAGAAAGAUUCAGGAUGCCAAAAGUCAGAUGAGAGUGACCCACAUAGUACUUACAAUGCGUCACAUGAUGUUGAAUUGACUAAAAUGUACCAGACUCUUGAUGGUGAGGAUUCCAGAAAUUUUGGAGGUGAUGAUACAAGCAGAUCUCAGGAUGAUGAUAAGCUGCAAUCAGAAAGUUUAGGAACUGUAAAGGUGCAUGAGAUUAUCAGCGAGUCCACUGCAGGGGAAUGUUCUGUAGAUUCAGAAAACAAUAGAGACAAACCUCAUCUGCGUGCAUCUAAGAAAUCAGAAUCAGAUGUCAGAGUGCUGAUAGGAGUUGAACAUGUUGCAAAUAAUCCAUCCAGAGCUGAAGAUGAUUCAAGAAAGUGCAAAACCAAGUCUCACUCUUCUUACCGCCAGUCAAAGAUGGAUGAUAGAGAACAUGACAGUACGAACAAGACACCGAAUGAUGGAUCUCAUGAAGAAAAAACUCUGAAUGGGAGGGAUGAUAAACAUAGAUGUCGUCGACAUUGUUAUGAGGAAUCAAAGCACAACCUGAAUGAAAUUGCUAAAUCUCAUAAAUCAAGAUCGCAUCACAAAGAUCUAGAAAGCCAAAAGGAGACAUCCCACGGUCAAUAUAUUGAGGAAGACGGUGAUUUAAGGGAUAGAAGAAGGUCUCGCAGUGAUGCUCAUGACAAGUCGAGAUCAGACCACAAAGAACGUUCCAAAGAUCACAUAGACAAGCCUAUUGCAGGCGAUGAAUCAAGAGAUUCCAGGGAUGAUAGAAGGAGAUCUAAUAGACAUGGUCACGAGAAGUCACGGUCCGAUCGAGUUGAUAAGGCUGAUGAGAGACUUUCUGAGGGCUAUACAAGAGAAACAAGGGAGGAUAGGAGUAGAUCAAGUAGGCACACUCAUGACAGGUCAAAAUCAGAUCACCAUGACACAAAAUCAAGAUCAGAUCGUAAGGACACUGUCAAAGAUCAACAACUUGGAGAAUAUUCAAGAAAAUCAACUGAUGACAAGAGCAGGUCUCAUAGACAUGCUAAGGAAUCGGACGAUAGGGAACAUGAAAGUAGGACUGCCAGCAAGCGGUCAUCUGUCAAGGAAGAUGUAGGAGACCUGAAGGUGGAUAAGAGGAGAUCUCAUCACAGAUAUACUAAUGAGACAUCUCGCCGUCACAGGCAAUCUGGUGAGUAUGAUUCAGAUCAACAAAAAGACGAGGAGAAAUCAAAGAAAGUAAAAUUGGAUAAUGAAAGACUUUGCGAGACCACCAACAGAAAAGGAGAGAUAUCUAUGGAUGUGGACGUUUCUGUGGCCUCAGCUUACGUUCAGCCUCCUCCAAUCCGUAGUCUUGAGGUCCAUGGUGAUGACCACGAUCUCCAUCAGUAAAGCGUGACAAGUUGGUGGCUGAUGACAGGGGUAAUUAUGACUGGUCAUGACUAGUGAGGAAGCUACCGAAUCUUUUGUGGAAAAGAUAUAAAGAUCAAUUUUCAAGGAUGUUGCUGCUCAAAGAAUACCUUUUUUUUUUCUUUUAUUUUAAUGCUGAACCAUCAAAAUCAGAUGUGAACCCUAUAGUUGGCUAAUGCUGGGGUCUAUUUUUUUCUACUAGUAUCUUGGUGCUUGAGAGCCCACGGGGAGCAGCAGUACGUUGUCACGGGGUGGCAAGACUGAACCGAGAUAUUUCUUGUAACUCUGUGAGAGACUGAUAUUGUUUGGAACUUUGUCAUUUAUUCA